AUGGCAGCUGAAAAUUGCAGCGGUAUCAGCGGCAGGGGCAGUGGGGCAGUGACUGCCAUUGCAUCCGCUAUGGAAUCAGCAAGAGUAGUAAUAGUAGUGGAUGAUGAUGAUGAUGGUGGUGAUGAUGGUGGUGGUGGUGUCGGCGUUAGAAUUAGUCCUUGUGAGACAAACACAAUUGGAUACGCAAUCAACAACGGUAGCGAUGUCGUUAGGAUCAGACCUAGGGAUGAUUUAGUUGAUGAAAAUGAGGAAGAUAGGUUGAGCUUUGGUGUGAGUUUUGAAUAUGGCAGGUGGUUGGCAUUGUGA